CAAACGAGGUAGCGAUCUAAGUGUAAAAAUAUGAAAAUACAGGGAUCGGGGUGAAAUAUUUAAAAAUUUCAAUAGACACUCACUUCUUUCUAGAAAUGUAAGCCAAUCCACCAUCUAUAUAUUUUCUUAGAAAAUAAAUAUUAUUUUUUUCUCAAAGUUUUAGGGUUUUUCCUUUUUCUCAUUUGUGUAAGAUCGAUAUAAAUCUUUAAAGCUGAUCAAAACUUUAAUUAAUAGUCAAUUUAGAUGUUUGAAGCAAAUCAGGUUUUAUUUAUGUAUGGAAAAUUGUAAACAUAAUUUUGUUGUAUCCUUAUCCUAUACAAUUACUUCUUUAAUCUACCGUGCAUUAUAUAUAUCACCACCAUGCAACAUUAUUCUCAAAAUAUAUAUAUCAAAACACAAAACAAGAGAAAAAGAGAGGGAGAGAGAGAAAGAAAAAGAGGAGAGAGAGAUGGAGUUCUGGACGAGGGGAGAGAAAUUGGGAGAAGGUUCGUUUGGGUUUGUAUCCAUCGCCAGAAGCACCAGCCGCCACCAACAAGCCAGCGGCCUUCCGGCGUUGAUGGCAGUAAAAUCAGCGAAAGAAUCAGAUUCGAAAUCUCUGUCAAAGGAGAAGGAUCUGCUCGACAAAUUCAAUGGAUGCGCGUCAAUUCUGCGCUGCUUUCGUGAAGAUUACACCACCGAGAACGGCCAACAACUCUACAAUAUUCUGCUGGAGUACGCAUCUGGCGGCUGCCUGAUCGACCGCAUCGCCACCGGAAGAAAAGUCAUGCCAGAGAAGAUGGUUAGCCACUACACAAAGUCAAUUCUCACCGCACUGAGUCACAUCCACAAACUCGGGUACGUCCAUUGCGAUGUAAAGCCACACAACAUCCUACUUUUCAAACACACCCACGAUGAUGGAGAUUGGGAAGAAGAAGCAAAGCUUGCAGAUUUUGGGAGUUGUGUGAUAUUCGCCGACGAGGGCAACAACAGUGAUUUCAGGGGGACCGUAUUGUACGCGGCGCCGGAGUCAAUAUCUAGGCAAAAGUACGUGCCGGAGUCGGAUGUGUGGUCGUUGGGGUGCACUGUUCUACAUAUGUUGACCGGGAAUUCGCCUUGGACUUUCGACAAACACGUGACGGCCAAAGAUGUUUUGUUCAAGAUUGGUUGCAGCGAUGCUAUCCCGGAGAUUCCGACUACCAAGAAGAUUUCCAAAGAUGCUCACGAUUUUCUCGAGAGGUGCUUCGUUAAGGAUCCAACUGCCAGGUGGACAGCCGACAUGCUUCUAAAUCAUCCCUACAUCAAAAACAACAACCGCCACCACCGCCGCCACCACCACCACGGCCACUUGUCGUCAAGAUUUUCGCACGGGAUUCAUUCAUUAGUUCCACAUUGUUUUCACGUACCAAAAAGUGCUACUGUCCAUGCAUGUUGAUAUAUGGACUUGAAAUUCUAAUUUGUAAAUAAACUCAUAUGUUCUUCUUUACAUAAUAUAUACAUGAAUUAUUUUAUUUUUAAGAGAUUGAUGAUGAGAAGAUUCUACACGGAUUUUGAACUUUUUAUAGUUAAAAAAUUAGUAAAGAAAAAAAUAAAAUAUAAUUAAAAAAUAAUUACAAAAUGCCAUUAAGUAUUCGUAGGGUUACCCUAACCUUUCUUUCUUUUAUACAUAAAAAGCAUCAUUCUUCUCCCUUAUAUGGUACUAUUGUUUUUUCCAAUUGUUUCGGAUAGUAUAUCCAAUAAUGAAGAAUCAGCAGUUUACCUGUGGUUCAUCUUUUGAUUUAUCGGCACAUAGAUGAGAUCAUUCGUUCUUCCCAACUCGUCCGGU